AUGACAGUGACAUACACAGCCCGGGUGGCCAAUGCCCGAUUUGGCGGCUUCUAUAAGCUGCUGUUGCUCUGGCGUGGAAGCAUCUACAAGUUGCUCUACAAGGAGUUCCUGGCCUUCUUUGUCGUAUACGUGGCACUCAGCGUCACCUAUCGCUAUGUCUUAAGUGAAGAUCAGAAACGGUAUUUCGAAAAGGUGGUCAUUUACUGCGACAACUAUGCCAACCUCAUUCCUGUCUCCUUUGUUUUGGGCUUCUAUGUGACACUGGUGGUGAACAGGUGGUGGAGCCAGUACACCUGCAUGCCGAUGCCUGACCCGCUGAUGUGUGUCAUCUCUGGGACUGUGCAAGGCGGCGACGACCGUGGCCGGCUUUAUCGGCGGACACUCAUGCGGUACAGCAGCCUGUCAGCAGUGUUGAUCCUGCGCUCAGUCAGCACUGCGGUGUUCAAGCGCUUCCCUACCAUUGACCACGUGGUGGAGGCAGGGUUUAUGACGCGGGAGGAGCGCAAGAAAUUUGAGAACCUGAACUCUUCCUACAACAAAUACUGGAUCCCUUGUGUCUGGUUUAUGAACUUAGCUGCCCAGGCACGCAAAGAGGGCCGCAUUCAGGACAGUCAUGCACUUAAGCUGCUCAUGGAGGAGUUGAAUAUUUUCCGAGGCAAAUGCAGCAUGCUCUUCCACUACGACUGGAUCAGUGUACCACUAGUCUACACACAGGUGGUCACUAUUGCAGUGUACAGCUUCUUUGUAGCUUGUCUCAUUGGGCGGCAAUUCCUUGACCCAGACCAGGGUUAUAGAGGACAUGAUCUGGAUCUGCUUGUCCCUGUUUUUACACUGCUGCAGUUUUUCUUCUAUGUUGGAUGGCUGAAGGUGGCUGAACAACUCAUCAACCCUUUUGGGGAGGACGAUGAUGAUUUUGAAACCAACCUACUGAUUGACCGGAAUUUGCAGGUAUCCAUGAUGGCUGUGGAUGAAAUGUAUGGGGACCUUCCCCUCCUGGAAAAGGAUCGGUAUUGGGAUGCCUCAAAUCCUCGAGCCCCGUACACGGCAGCCACGGUUUCCAUGCUGCAUCAGCCAUCCUUCCAGGGAUCCACCUUUGAUAUAACCCUGGCCAAGGAAGACAUGCAGUUCCAGCCUCUACGGAACGAGGGCCUCGAUCAUGGCCGCAAUGUACCCGCUCACCUCCUGAACCGCUUCCUUGCCACGGCCCCCGCCCCUGGCGGCUUUGGGCGCCGACUGUCCCUGCUGAGGCGCAAGAACAGCUGCGUCUCUGAAGCCUCCACGACCUACAGCUGCCUCUGUCAGGAUACGCAGACCACAGACUGCAGCUGCGGGCCUCCCGGGCAAUCCGUGCCUGUCAACAGUGUCCACUUUGAGGUAGAUGGGGAGCCCGACCCUGACGCCGCUGACUUAGCUGCAGACCUGCACGACGACCUCCCUGAGGCCCCCGAUGACCGGAUGAAUGACCCGACUCAGAGCUUGCCCAGUCAAGAGGCCGUGUCCCUUCUGGAUACAUCUGUGCCCGCUACAGCUGACGCCUCUUCUCAGCCUUCCCCAGACCAUGGUGCUUCAGAUGCUCCCUUCUUUCACCCCACAAAGGAAGCACCCAGUAAGGGCCUCCCCACAGUCAGCUACCCCCCCUGGCUGCAGAGCCCCAUUGAGGAAGAAAACGUGGCAUGA